CAACUUUCUCUGUCUUUGGACGUAACCCGGAAGUACUGCUGUCGACGUACUCUCAUGCAACACAAUUUAAACUACAUUUGUGUUUCCGUAACGGUUUUUUGUUAUUUUUUUAAUUAAGAUUUUGUAAAGAUACUUUCUACUGUCAGUGGAAGGAGGAAAGGGAAAAGGAACAGCUUAAGUCGAAGAAGAGUCAGCGCUCAUUCAGGAACACUAGGGAAACUCUGCCACCAUGUUCCUGACGCUGGCGCUGCUGCGGAAAGGAAUACCUGGCAAACAGUGGAUUGGAAAAUAUAGACGACCGCGGAACAUCACGUGGCAGAUGAAACGCAACACGCUGCAGCGUCUGGAGAUAGAGGCCGAGAACGAGUACUGGAUCAGCCGCCCGUACAUGACCGAGGAGCAGGAGCACCGCCACGCGGCGGAGCGUAGAGCAGAGAACUGGAAGAAGAUCAAAGAGGCUGGUUUCUGCAACUUUCCCGAGCACAAGAACUGGACAGAUCAUCUGAGUCACCUCAGGAUCACCAAGUCGUGGUCCAGUUAGUGUUGACUGUGGAGUGACAUUCGGAGACGUUCUUGUGGUAAUGUCCCGAUACACGUCGGCUUCUCAAACGAGGCCUGUUUGAUUUGUCAGGAUCUGUGUUGUAUUAUAAUAAUAAUAAAAAAGUGUAAUUAUUGUUU